CGGCGACAGGUGGCGCGCAGCAGGGGCAGAGCCAGGUCAGGCCAUGGCCGCCUCGGAGCGGCUCUACGAAUUGUGGCUGCUCUACUACGCGCAGAAGGACCUGGGCUACUUGCAGCAAUGGCUGAAGGCCUUUGUGGGAGCCUUUGAGAAGAGCAUCUCACUGUCCUCCCUGGAACCACGAAGGCCAGAGGAAGCAGGGGCAGAAGUCCCCCUACUACCACUAGAUGCCCUGCAUGUGCUGGCCGAGCAGCUGGACCAGAGGGACCUGGAGCAAGCCCUGCUGUUGCUUAAGCUUUUCAUCAUUCUCUGCAGGAAUCUGGAAAAUGUGGAGGCAGGCUGGGGCCAGGUGCUGGGGCCCCCAGUGCUGGUGCUGCUCACUGGGCUAGUGGCUGAGCUCAAAGGACCCCCAUCACCACAGGAGGGCCGUGGGACCCAGCUGGAGAAUGUAGCCCUUCAUGCCCUGCUCCUCUGUGAGGGUCUCUUUGACCCCUACCAGACCUGGCGACGCCAGCACAGUGGAGAAAUCAUCAGCUUCAAGGAGAAGAGCAAAUACAAGUUCCCUCCUGCGGCUUUGCCCUGUGAAUUCAGCGCCUUCUUCCAAGAGAGCCUGCAGGAUGCAGACCACUUGCCUCCUAAGCUGCUUUUGCGGCUCAUCCACCUCUUUGGCGCUGUCCUUGCAGGAGGAAAGGAGAACGGGCAGAUGGUUGUGAGUGCCGGCUCAGUGCAGGGCCUGCUGAGUGUUGUUCAUGGCUGCAGCAAUGGGCCAGCCCGGGACCCCCGCCUAGUGCGACUGGCGCUGGAGGCACUGGUGGGUGCUGUACAUGUCCUGCAUGCCAGCCGCACACCGCCCCGAGGGCCAGAGCUCCGUGCCCUGCUGGAGGGCUACUUUCGUGUCCUUAAUGCUGGCUGGCCUGCUAGUUCAAACUCAGGCUCCGAAGAGGCCCUUGUAACCCUGCGGGUCAACAUGCUCGAUGCCAUCCCCAUGAUGCUGGCCUGUGAGGAUCGGCCAGUGCUGCAGGCUACCUUCCUCAGCAACAAUUGCUUUGAGCACCUCAUUCGCCUGAUCCAGAACAGCAAGCUGUACCUGCAGGCCCGGGCGCCCCCUGAGGGGGACAGUGACCUGGCUACCUGGUUACUGACCGAGCCCGAUGUCCAGAAGGUACUGGAUCAGGAUACAGAUGCCAUCGCAGUCCAUGUAGUCAGAGUGUUGACCUGUAUCAUGAGUGGCUCCCCCUCAGCCAAGGAGGUGUUCAAGGAACGCAUUGGCUACCUGCACCUGCAGGAGGUCCUGCAGAGCCACGGGCCCCCCACCCAUCAGUUGUUGCAAGAGCUGCUUAACAUGGCUGUGGAGGGUGACCACACCAUAUGCCCGCCUCUACCAAUCCGCAAUGAGCAACCGUUGCUGGUGCUGAUGCAAUGGCUGCCAUCACUGCCCACAGCUGAACUGCGGCUCUUUCUAGCUCAACGCCUCUGGUGGCUCUGUAACAGCUGUGCUGCCAGCCGUGCCACCUGUGUGCAGGCAGGCCUGGUGGGCUACCUGCUAGAGACACUCAACACAGGAAUAGCCCUGGAGGCCCGGUGCCAGGAGCAACUGUUGGCGCUGCUACAAGCACUGGGCCGUGUGUCAAUAAGGCCCUUGGAGCUACGUCGCCUGCUACGUCCCCCAUCAGAGCUGGACUCAGGGCCAGGUGGAGCUGAGGCUGGGAAGGCUCGACAUGCAGGUGCCAUCAUUCGAGCCCUCUCAGGCAUGGCCCGGCACCAGGGUCCUGCACGUGCACUGUGCUACUUUGACCUCACACCCAGCAUGGCAGGCAUCAUGGUGCCCUCUGUACAGCGAUGGCCAGGACCUGCCUUUACCUUCCAUGCCUGGCUCUGUCUACACCCCUCGGAUGCAGUGCCUGCCCCAGCUCCCACUCGGCCACUCCAGCGAAAGCAGCUGUACAGCUUUUUCACCAGCAGCGGCUCAGGAUUUGAGGCCUUCUUCACGGCAGCUGGGACCCUGGUGGUGGCUGUGUGCACACGGAAGGAGUACUUGACCAUGAGCUUGCCCGAAGUGUCCUUCGCCGACUCUACCUGGCAUUGUAUCACCAUCAUCCAUGUGCCUGGGCGCCGACCCUUCAGCCAGAACCUGGUCCAUGUCUACAAAGAUGGCCAUCUGGUCAAAACAGCACCCCUUCGCUGCCCCUCCCUCAGUGAGCCUUUCUCCUCCUGUUGUAUCGGCUCUGCUGGGCACCGCACAACGACCACCACCACGGGGCUUCCCACGCCACCAGUCCAUGCUGCCCUGGCUCAUGCUCACCCCUCCCUCACCCGCUCCCAGUCCGUCCCAGCCUCCGUAGCGCUGGGCUGGGGGUCCGGGCUGGUGGCCCCCCUGCAGGAGGGCAGCAUCAGCUCCACCCUUGCAGGCACCCAGGACACUCGAUGGGGCAGCCCCACAUCCCUGGAGGGUGAGCUGGGGGCUGUGGCCAUCUUCCAUGAAGCGCUGCAGGCAGCCACCCUGAGAGUCCUGUGUGCUCUAGGGCCCAAUGAGCCGGCCCCCUUCAAGCCUGAGGGUGAUCUACACGAGCUGGGCGCCAAGUUGCUCCUCCAUUACUCACCUCAGGCCUGUAAGAAUAACAUCUGUCUGGACCUGUCCCCUAGCCAUGCGCUGGAUGGCCGCUUGACAGGCCACAGGGUGCAGACAUGGGAUGUGAAGGAUGUGGUGAACUGUAUUGGGGGCAUGGGUGCCUUGCUACCCCUGCUGGAGCAAGUGGCUCUGCAGCCCCAAGAGGCUGAGGCAGGUCCAGCCGAAACAUAUGACCUACUGGGGCCUGAACUGACCUCUGGUCACAACACUCAAGGCCUGCUUCUCCCUCUGGGCAAGUCUUCAGAGGAGCGGAUGGAGAAGAACCCAGUGGCAGCCUUUCUGCUGAUGCUGAGGAACUUCUUGCAGGCCCACACUGUGAACCAGGAGAGCUUGGUGCAGUGCCAGGGGCCUGCCAUCAUCGGGGCCCUCCUGCGCAAGGUCCCCAGCUGGGCCAUGGACAUGAAUGUGCUCAUGUCUGCCCAGCUACUGAUGGAGCAGGUGGCAUCUGAGAACAGUGGGCCUCUCCUGUACCUGCUCUAUCAGCAUUUGCUCUUCAACUUUCACCCCUGGACUCUCAGUGACUUUGCUGUGCGCCUUGGCCACAUUCAGUACAUGUCCAGCAUCAUCCGUGAGCACAGACAGAAAUUGCGGAAGAAGUAUGGGGUCCAGUUCAUCCUCGACGCUCUGCGCACCCACUACAGCCCGCAGCGGGAGCGCCCCCUUGCGGCUGAUGACCUGCGCACAGUGCAAACCUCCCUCCUGGGCCUGGCGCGGGAGUUCCUGGUACGCAGCUUCUCUGCUGAGGAUGUGCAUGUCCUACUGAAUUUUUUGGCAGCUGUGGGUGAUGAUGGCCAGGUGAUAGGCGCACUGGAUCUGCUGCUGGCCCUGCUUCAGGGCUCCCCAGCACAGGAGUCUUUGGCUGUCUUCCUAUUGGAGCCAGGGAACCUUGAGGUGCUGCUGGCACUGCUGGUGCGACCAAGGUCACUGCCCCUGCUGCCUGACCGAGUGUGCAAGAUCCUGCGCAGACUGCAGCAGAAUGAGCGGUUACCUGAGAAGAGCCGCCAGCGACUGCGAUUGCAGGAGAGUGGUCUGCAGGGCCUCAUUGCCUGCCUGCCAGAGGGAACCAUCUGCCCCCAGCUCUGCCAAGGCCUCUAUAAGCUAUUACUGGGGGCAGAUAGCCUGAACCUCUCAGAUCUAUUAGCUGUGGUACAGCUGUCCCUCCAAGCUGACCUCAGUGUCCGUCUGGAUAUCUGUCGCCAGCUCUUCCACCUCAUCUAUGGACAGCCAGAUGUAGUGCGACUGCUGGCCCGACAAGCCGGGUGGCAGGAUGUCCUGACCCGGCUGUAUGUCCUGGAAGCUGCCACAGCUGGUGGCCCCUCUCCCUUUCCCCCAGAGCUUCCUACCUCCCCGGAGCUAGCCCUGCCACUGCCACCCACUGAGUCACCUGCUGAGCCUGGGGAUGUCUUCCUGCCAUCGGAGGUCCCUUGCUCUGACUCUGAUGCCUUUUAUCAUGCUCUUUCCCCAUUCUCCACGCCCUUUGACCUGGGCCUGGAACGGGCCAGUGUGGGAUCGAGCAACACUGCCGGUGGUGGCAGCAGCAGUGGGACAGUUACUCCAGCCAGCCAACCUGGCACACCUUCCCCACUGGAUGGGCCACGGCCCUUCCCCACUGUCCCUGGCCGCCAUAGCUCCAGUCUCUCCAAUGUGCUGGAGGAUGGCAGCCUCCCAGAGCCCACUGUCAGUGGGGAUGACACCUCUAACACCAGCAACCCUCAGCAAGCCCCCGAAGAGGAGCUGUGUAAUCUGCUCACCAACGUGCUGUUCUCAGUGACGUGGCGGGGCGUGGAGGGCAGCGACGAGGCUGCCUGGAGGGAGCGUGGUCAGGUCUUCUCAGUGCUCACUCAGCUGGGGGCCUCGGCCACGCUUGUGCGCCCACCAGAUUGCAUCAAGCGCAGCCUCCUGGAGAUGAUGCUGGAGUCAGCUCUGACUGACAUUAAGGAAGCUCCCCCUGGGUUCCUGGUCAGCCUCACCCAGCAAGCGCUCUGGCUACUGCGCCUGCUGCAGGACUUCCUGUGUGCUGAGGGCCAUGGUAAUCAGGAGCUAUGGAGUGAGAAGCUCUUUGAAGGUGUGUGUAACCUGCUUGAUCGCCUGGGAGCCUGGCCACACCUGGCCAACAGUGCAGCUGAUCUUCGUGAGAUGGCCCAGAUUGGCCUUCGUCUUGUGCUUGGCUACAUCCUGUUGGAGGACCCACAGCUGCAUGCCCAAGCCUAUGUGAAGCUGCACACCCUACUGCAGACUGCAGUGCCAGCCCGGCGUGAGGAGGCCUGCUAUGUGCUCUCCAAGCUGGAGGCUGCCCUUGGCCGGGCACUGAACACCUCUUCUUCCGAGACAGCCAAUGAGCCCGCAUCUGCAGCCACUGCAGCCUCUGAGCGCUGCUCGUGGCUGGUGCCUCUGGUGCGCACGCUGCUGGACCGUGCCUAUGAGCCACUGGGGCUGCAGUGGGGGCUACCCUCCCUGCCCCCCACCAAUGGCAGCCCCACCUUCUUCGAGGACUUCCAGGCUUUUUGUGCCACUCCUGAAUGGCGCCACUUCAUCGACAAGCAGGUGCAGCCCAUCAUGUCACAGUUUGAAAUGGACACCUAUGCCAAGAGCCAUGACCUUAUGUCAGGCUUCUGGAAUGCCUGCUAUGACACUCUCAUGAGCAAUGGGCAGCGGCGCCAGCGGGAGCGCACCCAUAGUCGAAGAGCCUUCCAGGAUCUGGUGCUGGAGCCUGUACAGCGGAGGGCACGCCUCGAGGGACUGCGCUAUGUGGCAAUGCUGAAGCAACAGGCAGCCCAGCACUCCACAGCCCUGCUGCACUGGGGGGCUUUGUGGCGCCAGCUCUCCAGCCCCUGUGGGGCCUGGGCACUAAGGAAUCCCCCACCCCCUCACUGGAAGCUGUCCAGUGCUGAGACGUAUUCACGCAUGCGUCUAAAGCUGGUGCCCAACCAUCACUUCGACCCUCACCUGGAAGCCAGUGCCCUACGCGACAAUCUGGGUGAGGCCCCCCUGACACCCACCGAGGAGGCCUCACUGCCUCUGGCAGUAACCAAAGAGGCCAAAGUCGGCAUCCCAACAGAAGAGCUACAGGAAGACCAGCUAGGAGAGGAUGAGUUGGCUGUGCUGGAGACCCUGAUGGAAGCAACAGAACUGGAUGAGCAGCGAGAGAAGCUGGUGCUGUCGGCCGAGUGCCAGCUGGUCACCGUUGUGGCUGUGGUCCCAGGACUGCUGGAGGUCACCACACAGCAUGUGUACUUCUAUGAUGGCAGUACUGAGCGUGUGGAAACCGAGGAGGGCAUUGGCCAUGAUUUCCGGCGCCCUCUGGCCCAGCUGCGUGAGGUCCAUCUGCGGCGCUUCAACUUGCGCCGUUCAGCGCUUGAACUGUUCUUCAUCGAUCAGUCCAACUACUUCCUCAACUUCCCGUGCAAGGUGGCUGGGACCUCAGCCUCAUCACCUUGCCAUCCUCCCAGGCCCCAGCCCUGCCCCAUCCCACCUCAUACCCAGGUUCGGAACCAAGUGUACUCGUGGCUCCUGCGUCUGCGGCCACCUACCCAAGGCUACCUAAGCAGCCGCUCCCCCCAGGAGAUGCUGCGUGCCUCAGGCCUUACCCAGAAAUGGGUACAGCGUGAGAUAUCCAACUUCGAAUACUUGAUGCAACUCAACACCAUUGCGGGGCGCACGUACAACGACCUGUCUCAGUACCCUGUGUUCCCCUGGGUCUUGCAGGACUAUGUGUCCCCAACCCUGGACCUCAGCAACCCGGCCGUCUUCCGGGACCUGUCCAAACCCAUCGGUGUGGUGAACCCCAAGCAUGCCCAGCUCGUGAGGGAGAAAUAUGAGAGCUUUGAGGACCCAGCUGGCACAAUCGACAAGUUCCACUAUGGCACCCACUACUCCAAUGCAGCAGGCGUGAUGCACUACCUCAUCCGUGUGGAACCCUUCACCUCCCUGCACGUCCAGCUGCAGAGUGGCCGCUUCGACUGCUCUGACCGGCAGUUCCACUCCGUGGCCGCAGCCUGGCAGGCACGCCUGGAGAGCCCUAUGGAUGUGAAGGAGCUCAUCCCAGAGUUCUACUACUUUCCUGACUUCCUGGAAAAUCAGAAUGGCUUUGACCUCGGCUGUCUCCAGCUGACCAAUGAGAAGGUGGGCGAUGUGGUGCUGCCCCCAUGGGCCAGCUCUCCUGAGGACUUCAUCCAGCAGCACCGCCGGGCUCUGGAGUCAGAGUAUGUGUCUGCCCACCUACAUGAAUGGAUCGACCUCAUCUUUGGCUACAAGCAGCGGGGGCCAGCCGCUGAGGAGGCCCUCAAUGUCUUCUAUUACUGCACCUAUGAGGGGGCUGUAGACCUGGACCAUGUGGCAGAUGAGCGGGAACGGAAAGCUCUAGAGGGUAUUAUCAGCAACUUUGGACAGACUCCCUGUCAGUUGCUAAAGGAACCACACCCAGCCCGGCUCUCAGCUGAGGAAGCAGCUCAUCGCCUUGCACGCCUGGACACUAACUCACCAAGCAUCUUCCAGCACCUGGACCAGCUCAAGGCCUUCUUUGCAGAGGUUGUCAGUGAUGGCAUUCCCCUGGUGCUAGCCCUGGUCCCCCACCGGCAGCCCCACUCCUUCAUCACCCAGGGCUCCCCAGACCUGUUGGUGACUGUGAGUGCCAAUGGGCUGUUGGGCACCCACAACUGGUUGCCUUAUGACCGAAACAUAAACAACUACUUCAGCUUCAGCAAAGAUCCCACCAUGGGCAACCCCAAGACACAGAGACUGCUGAGUGGCCCAUGGGUGCCAGGCAGUGGAGUGAAUGGGCAAGCACUGGCAGUGGCUCCUGAUGGAAGACUGCUCUUCAGUGGUGGCUACUGGGAUGGCAGCCUUCGAGUGACUGCACUACCCCGUGGCAAGCUGCUGAACCAGCUCAGCUGCCAUCUUGAUAUAGUGACCUGCCUUGCACUGGACACUUGUGGCAUCUACCUCAUCUCAGGCUCCAGGGAUACCACGUGCAUGGUGUGGCGGCUCCUGCAGCAGGGUGGCCUUUCACCAAAGCCUGUGCAGGUCCUCUACGGGCAUGAGGCUGCAGUGAGCUGUGUGGCCAUCAGCACAGAACUUGACAUGGCUGUGUCUGGAUCUGAGGAUGGAACUGUGAUCAUUCAUACCAUACGCCGGGGCCAGUUUGUGGCAGCACUACGACCUCCAGGUGCCACAUUGCCUGGACCUGUGUCUCACCUGGCACUGGGGUCUGAAGGCCAGAUUGUGGUACAGAGCUCAGCAUGGGAACGUCCUGGUGCCCAGGUCACCUAUUCAUUGCACUUGUACUCAGUGAAUGGAAGACUGCGAGCUUCACUGCCCCUGGCAGAGCAGCCUACAGCCCUGGCGGUGACAGAGGACUUUGUUUUGCUGGGCACAGCCCAAUGUGCCCUACACAUCCUCCACAUGAACAAACUGCUCCCUGCAGCGCCUCCCCUGCCCAUGAAGGUGCCCAUCCGCAGUAUUGCUGUCACCAAAGAGCUCAGCCAUGUGCUGGUGGGCCUGGAGGAUGGCAAGCUGAUCGUGGUGGGAGCGGGGCAGCCCUCUGAGGUGCGCAGCAGCCAGUUUGCACGGAGGCUGUGGCGGUCUUCUCGGCGUAUUUCCCAGGUGUCCUCAGGAGAAACCGAGUACAACCCUGGAGAGGCACACUGAAACCCCGCUGCUACCCAGGACUCCGCCCUGUUGCCUGCCCAGGAGGCCCCCCUUGGCUCCGCCCAGGGGAGGGAGCGGAGGGCUCCGCCGCUCAGGGACUGGCAGUGGGACUGGCUCUGGGAGACUCCGCCCUCACCCUCCCUUGCUGGCUGAGGGACCGUGCGCGCAGCGCCGGCCUUUGGCCCAGCAGCACUUUUGCACAGUCUGGGGCAGGGGCUGCGGCUCCUGACCCCCCUCACCGUUCCCCGAGAGCACAGGACCGCUUGUGGCCUUAAUCCCCAAAGGCGGCCCUGCUCGUCCCUUGUCAGCAAUAAACUUGGCCUAGUUUUGUA